UUGUCAACUGUUCUGAGGUGAUACUGAAAUAAGAAUUACUCUGAAUUAUGUACAGUUGAUAUAAGCUCGACUUGACUGGCUUUAAAGCAAACCAAUUGCCACUAUGGAUGUCAGGAUGACAGAAACUUAGGAAGUGUCAGUCAGACAUAUUAUUACAAUUCCUUCAAAAAAGAAAUGAGAAAGGAAUAUGAACCACUUCAGAAGCAGCAUUUACAAGAGCUAAGAUGUGCUAAUGUAAUGGGGUCAUCCAUCUUGAGUUAAAUGCUGGGACCAACUGGGCACCUCUAAUAUUGAUAGGGAGGUCAACUCCAUCUUGCUGAAAGAAGAAAAAAAAAAAAACAAACCAUGUAGUAUAAAAUUGUAGAUAUGUAAGAACAAUGGAUAAGUAUAGAUAGUAAUUCUUAAGAGGGACAUUUUGCAGUAUAUAUACUGUAAGUAGUCUUUAUAUAGUGCCAAGAUACCACUGUUUGGAAGAUCAUACUGAACAGAUUUCCAGGCAAAACAGUAACAUGUAAAUGUGGUUAUAUAGCUUUUACAUGUGUAAAACUAAAAUGAAAUAUUAAAAUGCAAUAUUUUUUGGAGACAUUAUAAAAUGGAUUAUGUAACUUUUUCUCCCAACAGAGAAAAAUUAUCUGCUUUUCCAGUGAAGAUGGUCCUGCAGCGAACUGCAGAAUUAUCUCUUGGCCAGACCUUUGAAAUGAAAAAGGAAAUCUUAUAAAAGGAGCAGAGACUCUGGGUAAAGCAAGAUAUCACACUCAUUAUGGCCUCUCCCGCAGAUGGUGUCCUGGAACAAAGAUUGUCUUCCAUAAAAGAAGAGCGCUGCGAGUGGGAUUUAGUCUCUCUUGUACCUGAGGGUCACUGCAUGAAGCUGAAAGAAUCUGAAGGAGAAAUGUUGGUAACUACACAAGAGGAAUGUGAACAGGGAUUUGUGGACAUUAAAAUAGAGGAUCCUGAGUGUGCAUCAGUGGGCACUGAAAUGCAGAACCAUGAAUCUGUAAAAAUUUUUAAGGUGGAGGAGACCUCAGAGAGUGACUUAAGAUUGCAGAUGUGCCCAGGAUCAAUAAAAGAGAGACUUUAUGUGGAGGCUUCUAAGACAGAGCAAAGCACUAAGCCACUGCAGAAUUUUGUUAAGUUGAGUCCUAAAUCACCCGGAUUUGACAAUGAAAUCACAGAGAAAAUAUGUUGCAGGAAGGAAACAAAAGAAGAGUCACCUGCUAGACAGCUUGGAAUGAAUUUGCCUGAGAAUGACUGCUUUUCAGAGUGUCCAUUUGUUCAGACCUCUGCUCAGAGCAGAGCAAAAUUGGAUCAGCAUGAUGAAAGUAUGAAGGAAUUGACAUCUGAAUUAGAAAGUCUGAUACCAACCUCUUUACAUUAUACUUCUCCAUGUGUUGUGAACCUGACAAAUACUGAAGCUGCCGACAUUCAACAGGCACAAAAUACUAGGCCAGUAAGCUUGAUUGUCUGUCAAGUAUGUGGAAAAAACUUUAAACGAAAAUCUAAUUAUAGAGAUCAUUUAAAAAUUCAUGCAAGACAAACUCCAUGUUGCUGUUCUUAUUGUGGGAAACAAUUUGCCACGUUACGCAGUCUUCAGAUGCAUAAAAGAAUCCACACUAUAGAGAAACCUCAUUGCUGUCCUGAGUGUGGCAAGCGAUUCUCACGGAUAAGCCGUCUUCAGAGCCACACAAGACUUCACAGUGGAGAGAAACCUCAUUCUUGUUCCGAUUGUGGCAAGCGAUUCACACAUGUAUGUCUUCUUCACAACCAUGCAAGAAUGCAUACUGGAGAGAAGCCAUAUUGUUGUUCUGAAUGUGGUAAGCGAUUUUCACAAAUAAACAGUCUUCAUGUGCACUCAAGAACUCACACUGGUGAGAAGCCAUAUUGCUGCACUGAAUGCGGUAAACGAUUCUCGCAUAGUGGCAGCCUCCGGAAGCACACAAGAGUUCAUACUGGAGAAAAACCGUAUAGUUGUUCUAAGUGUGGUAAUCGAUUUUCAACCAGUCACAAUCUAAGAAAACACACAAGAAUUCACACCGGAGAAAAGCCAUAUUCCUGCUCAGACUGUGGCAAACGAUUCUCCACGAGUAGUAGCCUUCGCAGUCACACAAGGAUUCACACUGGUGAAAAGCCAUAUUGCUGUUCAGAAUGUGGCAAACGAUUCUCAAACAAUACCAGUCUGCGGAGUCACAUGAAAGUCCACACCAUUAAACCCAGAGAGAAACCAUAUCACUGUUCAGAAUGUGGCAAACAAUACUCACAUUUACAAAGCCUACAGAGCCACACAAAAAUUCAUACUGGAGAGAAGCCAUAUUGCUGUUCCGAAUGUGGCAAACGAUACUUACACUUAAGUGGUCUUCAGAGCCACACAAAACUUCACACUGGUGAAAAGCCAUAUUGUUGUUCUGAGUGUGGCAAGCUAUUCUCGCAUAUAAGCAGUUUUCAAAUGCACAAGCGAAUACACACAGGUGAGAAGCCAUACUGUUGUUCGGAGUGUGAUAAAAGAUUUGCACAAAGCAGUGGUCUUCAGGAUCAUAUGAAAAUCCACACUGGAGAAAAACCUCACUGUUGUUCUCAAUGUGGCAAACGAUUCUCUCGUAGGAACAGUCUUCGGAAGCAUAUACAGAUUCACAAUGGAGAGAAACCUCAUUGCUGUUCUGUAUGUGGCAAACGAUUUUUACAAAUAAGCAGUCUUAAGAGCCAUACUAGAAUUCACACUGGAGAGAAGCCAUACUGCUGUUCUGAUUGUGGCAAACGAUUCUCCACUAGUAACAUUCUUAGGAGCCACAGAAGAAUUCACACUGGAGAAAAACCAUAUUCCUGUUCUGAAUGUGGCAAACGAUUCUCCACUAGUAACAGUCUUCGAAGCCACACAAGAAUUCACACUGGAGAGAAGCCAUAUGCUUGUUCUGAAUGUGGAAAACGAUUCUCACACAAUAACACUCUCCAAGCACACACAAGGGUUCACACGGGUGAGAAACCAUAUUGUUGUUUGGAAUGUGGCAAGCGAUUUGCCACAAAUAGCACCCUUCGGACGCAUAAAAGAAUUCAUGCUUAUAAACCCCAAAAGAAACCUUAUUGCUGUUCAGAAUGUGGCAAACAAUAUUCUCACAGAAGAAGCCUUCUGAGCCAUGAAAGAAUUCACAUUGAUCAAGUGGUAAAGUCUGACUCCCAAACACUGCAAAAGAAAUGACAGAAAUCCAUGCAUAAUGAUGAAGGAAAAAUUCAGCCAGAUGUUGGACAUUCAAAAAAAUUCUACAUGACUACUUCAGGAAGAAAAGAAACAGAAAAUGAUAUAAUACCCAAAAAUGAAGCCUGAAACAAUCCAGAAGUGGAACCAACCAGUUGAUUUUCUUCUGAUAGUCAUUGGAUGAAGGAUUUGAGAGCCUACAGGCUCAGCUGGAGUGUCUGGCAUAUGACAUCCACUCUGUGUGUGCUUUCUACAUUGUACACAAUGCUGCCCUGAUAGGCAUUAACUCCCUACAAACCUGAAAUUGAAUAAAUCUGUUCACAAAAAGAAUUUAUAGAUAAAAGGCUGUUGAACAUUUGAAGGAGGGAUCCCUGAAGUAACUGGACUGCUAAACAAACAGCAAAUAACAUUC